GCCAGAAGCUUUCCUCUGUGCCUGGGUCCCUUAAAAGCGGGAGAGCAAAGCCCAAGGAUCCCGGCGGAGCGGAGCCGGCAUGUGCGGCUGAUGGAGAUGGGGAAGGAGGAGCUGCUCUCCAGAGAGGUGACAGUAACCUGUGAAUCCUAAACCAGUGAUGCAGAUCUUCUAAAGAAACACGAAACCAAACCCAAAAAGAGAUCACUGAGGGGGAAAAAGUGCAACAUGAGAGUUUAAUUGAAACAAGCUGAGAUUGUCUGCACAUUCUAUGAAGUGUUUCCACUGUCUAGUCUCUCUGAUGGGUAAUUCUAGAACUGCUAAAUCUGAACGGGAAAAGAGGAAACACCUCAAGAGUUUCAAAACUGCAGCCCUUCUGUGGACCAUGCUGCCAGGGAUAGUCAGUGGCUCAAAAAUGCAAGACUUUGACUCCCAUCUGUAAGAUGGACCAAGGCAAAUGUUUUGCAAAUGUGAUACUACUGACUUCAGCAUAACUGUGUUCUUGAACUUCUGAUUUACAUCUUUGCAAUGCUAGAGGACUUACAGAUGCUUUUAUUUAUCAGCUGAAAUGAAAAACUGGCCUGUGGAGAAGAGCUGCUGGAAGUUCUGACAGACCUUGAGGACAGAGGAUUACUAGACAACUCCUGCAGAUUCUCAUCAAAGGCUUUGGCUCAUCCUUCCAGUCAGUGCAUGCAGAGCUGUGGGUUCAGCACUCGAGGAUGGAGGUGCUACGCCGCUCCUCAGUCUUUGCUGCAGAGGUGAUGGAGAUUUUUGACAGGUCUCCCACUGACAAAGAGCUUGUGUCCCAAGCCAAGGCUCUCUGCAGAGACUACAUAAACUCGAGGCUGAUUCAGGCAGGUGUCAGCUGGAGCAAACCUGAGUACAACGCCCCAGUGCCUGGGGGCAAGCUGGCCGAGGUGUCCACCAUACUGCUGAGACUUGGGGAUGAGCUGGAGUACAUUCGCCCCAACGUCUACAGGAACAUCGCCCGCCAGCUGAACAUCUCUCUGCACUCUGAGACUGUGGUGUCUGACGCCUUCCUGGCAGUGGCUGCACAGAUUUUCACUGCAGGCAUAACGUGGGGCAAGGUGGUGUCUCUGUACGCCGUGGCAGCCGGGCUGGCCGUGGACUGCGUGCGGCACGCGCAGCCAGCCAUGGUUCACACCAUCGUGGACUGCCUGGGAGAGUUUGUGAGGAAGACCUUGGUGACAUGGCUGAAAAGGAGAGGAGGCUGGGCAGACAUCACCAAGUGUGUGGUGAAUACUGACCCCAGCCUUCGCUCCCACUGGCUCGUGGCUGCUGUUUGCAGUUUUGGUCACUUCCUCAAGGCCAUCUUCUUUGUCCUGCUGCCUGAGAGAUGAGUCUGACUUGCCAAGCACAACCCCCUUGCCCCAUCUUCUCUCCCACUCCAGAAGCAACAAGAAGUAACUGGAGAAGUAAUUCCAGACUGGUAAUUGCAAUCUCUGAAGAGGAGGAAGAGAAGAACUGGGACACAAAAAAGCUUGUUCUCUUCUCCCAUCAAGCAGGAGCAGAUGAUCAACCACAGUCUCCUAUUUGCAACCACACCACAUUAAUCCUUCCAAGAAUCUUGUUUCCCUGGGUGACUUGCAUGUGUGGCCUGGGUGUAGCUGGUCCCUGGGCAUGCUGAUGGCAGCUGUGUGAGCAUGGGACUGUCAGAUGGCUGCUCCUUUCUGCUGUGUUGCAUGUUUAUGCUAGCACCAGGCAGAGGGGAGGAGGAAGGGAAUAUUAUUUGAAAUGGGAUAAAAAAAUAGGAGAGGGGGAGAGUCCCUUCUUCAGUCCAUGUGAUUUCCCUUCCAGUCCUCAGACUUACCUUGUGUUGAUUCUGGUUGUUACAUUUGUGCUUAAACUUCAUCUCCUCCUUUAUCCCCAACUCACUUGCUGGGCUCUGCCCCAGCACAGCAUGGUGGGUUUUUAAUGAGAUAAAACCAAAUAAUCUGUCAACAGAUGCUUCUCCCUGACAAGUCCUGGAGAUUGGUCUGAGUAGCUGUGUGAGGGGCAGGAUGAGAGGGCAAUGUGUCUUUUGUUGACCCCUCUUACUGCACUCAUCUCAGUCAAACAGGAGAGCAAGGGGCAAUGCCUUCAAGCAACAACCUGGGAUAGAAUUUCAUCAUGAAGAAAAAUGUGUUCUCCACUGUGAUUCUGUCAGAGCUAAGCCUGUAAGUAGGAAAGGGUGGGGGACAUGGGCAGAAAUAGGGAAGCUGCAAGUGGCAUUGUAAAAGCAGUGAGCUGUGUUGAAAGUAGCUGAUGGGUGUUUCUCAUUUAAUCUCUUUAAAGUACAAGUCAUAGUCUUCUUUGUGGCAAACAAUAAAAGAAAAUAAGUGGUAUUUCA